AUCUCUCUGUUGAGUAACUAACUGCUCGGUCUGCAGGUCCGCUCUAAAUGCUGUUUCAGUGAGCUGUGAGAUUAGCUUGCUCACUCAGUGUGCCGCCUGACAGUGCUGAGACUGGAACAGACCUCUGAAGUACUGGCGAAAAGGACCAUGAAUGAUAAAACUCAGGAUGAAAAGGUGCUGCAGCAGAUUGAGAGGGAGGUGCGAAUGCGGGAAGGGGCCAGUAAGCUUCUGGCUGCCUGCUCCCAGAGAGAUCAGGCCCUGGAGGCCUCGAAGAGUUUGCUAACCUGCAAUGCUCGUAUUCUGGCUCUGCUCAGCCAACUGCAGAAGAUGAGGAAAGCACAAAUCUUAGAGAGAGAGGGACGCAGGCCAUCUAAAGAUCUAGUGCCCUGUACUGGAAAAGUAGCACUCUCAGAUCUGCGAAUCCCCCUAAUGUGGAAAGACUCUGAGUACUUCAAGAACAAAGGAGAGCUGCAUCGCUGUGCUGUGUUCUGCCUGCUUCAGUGUGGUACAGAGAUCCAUGACACCAAUAUAGUGAUGGUAGACAGGACUUUAACUGACAUCUGUUUUGAAGACACCAUCAUAUUCAACAAAGUAAGCCCAGAAUUCCAGCUGCGGGUUGAGCUGUACAGCAGUUGUUCGGUCGAGGAGCUCUCCCCGGGGGCUCUAACGUCCAGGAGAAUGAGCUUCCUGGGGGGCUCUCUAGGAUGCUCCUCAGGCAAAAAAAUCCGUGCCGCAUUUGAGACUGCAACUGUUUGUGGAUCUGCUUCUGGCGGAGGAGAAAGCAGAUCCGGACGUGUGUCACCGCCGUUAUCGCUUGGCCAGUCUGCAUCGGGGCCUAAGUACAACCUGCUGGCCCACACAACACUGAGAAUUCAACAUGUCCAGGAAGGUUUCAAGACACAUGAUUUGACACUUUCAGCAACAGAGGAUAGUCCGUUCUGGUUGCCUCUGUAUGGAAACAUGUGCUGCCGAUUAGUUGCUCAGCCUCUAUGCAUGAUUCAGACAGAGAUGAGUGGCCAAAUAAAGGUCAAGCUUGAAGAGGAUUUAGAUUAUUGGGAAACUUUCUAUGGAGUCCUCUGGAUGCAAACUCUACUUUGUUAUCAAAAUCAAGAAGACCUGGAGUCUGAGGAUAAACCGCUGCUUGUAAUCCCCAUCAGAAAGGAUACCUCUGUCUGUGUGUCUGAGGGAGAUCCUGUCCAUGGCCAAAAUAUAUAUAUUAGUACACAAACUCAAGGAGAGGAUGCAACCUACACUGUUACCACACACACUCCUGAAGAGACGCAGUGCUGGAACAAGGUCCUCCGGCAACACAUCUAUAACCAGAGUCAGUGGAAACAGUGUUGUGAUGACACCAUGAAGAUUGAGACACCAAGCUCCAGAAAAUCCAACAUGCUGCAGCAGGGGUCUCUAUACCAUGAAAUAGUAACACCCUCGUCACCAAGAAAGAGUCCCGUGGUUCCAGAUUUAUCUAAUGAGAUGCGCACUUUGCUCUCCUAUUACUACAAGGACAGUUAUUAAUGACCCUGCCAGAGAGAAGGGAAGCGCUGUUCUUAUUCUUCUACUCCUAGUUGGGAUGGAUAUGGACAUGAAAAUGCUACUCAUUCAACAUCUACAUCUAUACCAGAGUUACUGUACUGUUUUUACUGUUUUUGUUCAUUCUCCUUCAUGAAUCUUAUUGAUGAUAAUAAUUUAUAUGAAUUGAUAUGAAUCUGAAUCUAUUCAAACAAGAAUUAAUAGAAAUAAAAGAGUUAAGAACUUGCAAUAAAGAACGAUCAUUUCAAAUGCAGAAAAAUGUUGUAAUAUCAUUGUCUAAUAAUAGUGUACAUUUUGUACAUGUCAAGACAUGCUAACAAAACACACUAUAAUGCACAGACUACAGUUAUGCUAAGUUUAAAGUUUUCAGUAUACCCUGUAGUUAACUGAAAGAUGUGACAAACACUUUCGGUUAUGAUUAUGUCUUUAACAAUUGCUUAUUUUUUCAAACGUCCAGACUGAAACCACAUAUGGAGUCUGGCUUGAUUGCUGCAUGAGUCACACCCUAAAUCAAGUUGCGCGUCCUUUUUUUUUUUUUCUCAUCAUUGCAUGUCACGUAGUGUAAAACGACGACACCCUGCAGCCUGGUCUCCAGGAAGAACAUAGCUCUAAUGCAUCAAAACAAAUCGUCUGUUGUUAUCGCACAUCCUGUUGUUAAUGUUUUUUGUAACAUUUCAUGCUAUGUUUAGUACAGUAAUAGUAGGACACCCUGCCCUUUACUUUUACUACAACAAUACCUGUCCAGUGUGUAAUUGUAAUUACAUAAAUUGACGUGAAUACUUUGAAAUG